AUGUCCAACAGCAGCUCCAUCACCCAGUUCCUCCUCCUGGCAUUCGCAGACACACGGGAGCUGCAGCUCUUGCACUUCUGGCUCUUCCUGGGCAUCUACCUGUCCACCCUCCUGGGCAAUGGCCUCAUCAUCACUGCCAUCAUCUGCGACCACCACCUCCACACCCCCAUGUACUUCUUUCUCCUCAACCUCUCUGUUCUUGACCUGGGAUCCAUCUCCACCACUGUCCCCAAAUCCAUGGCAAAUUCCCUCUGGGAUACCAGGGAGAUCUCCUAUGCAGGAUGUGUUGCCCAAUUCUUUCUGUUUGCCUUUUUCAUUUCAGCAGAGCAUUCUUUUCUCACCAUCAUGUCCUAUGACCGCUACGUUGCCAUCUGCAAACCCCUGCGCUACGGGACCCUCCUGGGCAGCAGAGCUUGUGUCCACAUGGCAGCAGCUGCCUGGGGCGCUGGGUUUCUCUAUGCUCUGCUGCACACAGCCAAUACAUUUUCCCUGCCCCUCUGCAAGGGCAAUGCUGUGGAACAGUUCUUCUGUGAAAUCCCCCAGGUCCUCAAACUCUCCUGCUCACACUCCUACCUCAGGGAAGUUGGGCUUAGUGUGGUUACUCUUUUCAUCAUAUUCAGCUGUUUUAUUUUCAUUGUUGCAUCCUAUGUGCAGAUCUUCAGGGCUGUGCUGAGGAUCCCCUCAGAGCAGGGACGGCACAAAGCCUUCUCUACGUGCCUCCCUCACCUGGCUGUGGUUUCUCUGUUUGUCAGCACUGCCAUGUUUGCCCACCUGAAACCCCCCUUCAUCUCCUCCCCAUUGCUGGAUCUGGUGGUGGCAGUUCCAUACGCGGUGGUGCCUCCAGCACUGAAUCCAAUCAUCUACAGCCUGAGGAACCAGCAGCUCAAGGAUGCAGUGUGGAAGCUGAUAACUGGAUACGCUGAUAACUCCCGGGCUUCUGCAUAG